GGGACCAUGCAGCUCCUGGCCUGGCUGACCUGCUUUUCCUGCCUGCUGGGUGCUGGGCUGUCCGGCCGGGCCCAAGGCAGCCGGAACCUGCCGGCCGAGCGAGGCUGCUGCAAGAGACAAAGGCGCCCGCUCUUCCUCGGACACGACUUUUCAGGCAGCCGGGUGAGCGUCGACGUGGGGGUCUGCAGGAGCCUCUGUGGCGUGGGGAAACCCCCCCCUUCGGGAUGUCCAGGUCUUCCCAGAGAGCCCUCCCUGUUGGACUUCCACCAGGCCCCCCAGGAGAGACCCUCUCAGUGGCCAGCCAGGGGCAGGGUCCCCCCCCACUCCGACGGCUGCUGCCCGCCCGGCUCCCGCUGCCAGCCCACCCGCCUCCUGGUGCAGGACCACUGGCUUCGGGACGGCCCUCGGCAGGUGGAAGUGGUGGAUGGCUGCCAGUGCAACGCCAGCCCGGAUGAGUGUCUCCGUUCGCCCCUUCUGAAGACCUUCUUUCCCGACUCCUCUUCGGAGCAGACCCUGGACGUGGGCAGCUGCACCGGCCCCCCGCCCGCCCCAGGCGGGCCCAUCUGCGUGCCAACCCACUUCGACUCGGUUCUCCUGCAGGGCCCCAACGGGCAGCGCCUGGUCCGGACGCUGGGGGGCUGCGGCUGGCAAGUCGCCUCUUGCUCCCGGGUGCCCCACUGGCGGCAUUACUCGGAGGUGGUGCUGAGUGCCGAAGGGAGGAAGACGGAGCAACGCAAGGAAAUGGACGUGGGACGGUGCUUAGGACGAUGCCCGCUCAGGGUCCCCGGGGCCACUGGCUGUGGGCGGGUGAGGGCCGCUGCCAACCUCUGCGUCCCUGACCACUAUGAGACAAAGACUUUCCGGAGCCGGACGGGGCAGCUGAGCACCAUCUUGGCCAUCCGGACCUGCCGAUGUGGAGCCGCCAUGGAGAUGAAGGGAGCCACUGUGGCCUGAUUCCCCCCCCCCUUCAAGAGCGGCCGUUCCCCCGUCCCUCCCCCAGAAGAGGGACCCGGUGUGCAAAUAAAGUUGAUCCUAUCGGACACAACCACAGAACCGAGCUGAGGCUCCCGAGGGAUUCGGCUGGCAAGUCCAAUCAGGCUGCGUUUUUCUCUGGGGGGGGGCUGCAAGGACCGAGGCUGGGGCAGGCUGGCUCUCACCCCCCCCCCCAUCCCAGAGUGCGACUGUCCUAGAUCUCGCUCUCUAUUCACACACCACCUGUUCCUCCAGGUGUCGUCCGGGGCUGAUGGCUGCAUUGGCACGGAGCUCCAAAUGGGGCUAGUUCUGAUAGAGGGGGGCAGAAUGUCACACUCAAAGCCCCCCCCCGCCCGCCUCAUAUAUACAUUGCCUGGUUUGGGGUCGCUUUGCUUUUGGGGAGCCUCAGCUUUUAAAAACAUUUGGGCCGAAAGAAAGUCAGACCGGGGAUGGCCUCCUGCGGCAAAAUUAAAACAAACAGCCUCAAGACACCCCCUGCCUCCCCAGGUUUUAUUUCUUAUUAAACCGAUGUUAUGGUAUAGGGGGCUGGACUAGAAGACCUCCAAGGUCCCUUUCCAGCUCUGCUCUAUUCAAUGUACACAGCUCUCCAUCUCUCACAUAAGCGACGCUUGCGGGGCGCACAACACAGAGCUAAAAAAAGUUAUUAAAUCCAUUAAAACAGGACAAAAACCAAAUGGAAGCCAAGAAUAAUAGAGGAAAUAGUGGAGCAGCCUCACAAGUUCACCCAUCCCCUGGUGGGGUCUCUUGGGGUCCCCAAGCCAGCUUUUGGGGCCCCCCA